AUGAUAGCUAGUAUCUUUUCCACAGCCAGCGGUAUCUUUACAACAUACCAAACACAAAAACUAGCAGCUGAUGCGUCGGGUAAUACUAGUGCAGCACGCACAAUUACCAACUAUAACGAAAAUAGCAGGAACAAUGUCGAGAAAGAAGAAGAGUUUACUACAAGUGAUGGUUAUUUGUCGCACUACACGUCUGUUCGUUAUCCUGGCGCGGGCAUGAUUCGUGAUGUUAAAAUUCGUCUACCACAUUAUCUCUCCGACUGGACUCAAGCUGUUUCGUACAGAAUAUUGGCAGCUACCAUCCGAAUUUACUUUCUAAACGCCAUACCAGCUCUGGCUUACACUAUGGAUAUGUAUACUCGAACACAUCAAAAUUAUGGUGUCAAUGAAGCGUUACUGUCAUCGGCGUUAGGUGGCAUUGUGUUUGGCUUAUUUGCUGUUCAACCUAUAUCGAUUGUGGGCUUUACUGGUCUAAUUAAUCUAUUCAAUUACACAACGUACGACAUUAUGAUUGAACGACAUGUUAACUAUCUUCCGUUCAUGUGUUGGAUCGCUAUAUGGUCAGCUAUUUUUCACUGGCUAAUUGCUAUUUUUAAUAUAGUCAGUUACGUUCGAUAUGUCACCAAUUUUACGGCGGAGAUAUUUGGAUUCUAUGUGGGGAUUGUCUACAUACAAAAAGGAAUUGAGUUUAUUAUCAAUGAAUUUAAUGAAACUCCACGAGACGGUUUUAUGUCAACGGUUAUUGCAUGUGGCUUCUUCUUCACCUAUUGGACAUUGACGCACGUUGGACAAUCGAGCUAUUUCACUCGUCCUGUUCGAGAUUUUCUCGCGGAUUAUGCCAUGAUUAUUUGUGUUCUGUUUUGGUCUGGAUUUGCCUACAUACCCGGCAAUUUACGAUCAACAAAUAUUCAAAAAUUACCCGUUACACGCGCAUUCUUCCCCACUCAACAGCAACGUUCGUGGUUCGUGAACCCAAGCGAUCUCGACAUUAGUAAUGUGUUUAUCGCUUUGCCUUUCGGAUUACUGGUAACGGCUCUCUUUUAUUUCGAUCAUAAUAUAUCCAGUCUCACAGCACAAGCAAAGCAUUACCCACUAAAAAAACCAGCCGGAUUUCACUGGGAUUUUUUUGUCCUUGGAUGGACAACGUUGAUUGCGCGCUUUCUGGGUUUGCCCUACCCAAAUGCCUUAGUACCACAAUGUGCUAUGCACACCGAUGCGCUUGGAAAAUGGAAAAAAAUGACCGUCGAUGACGAACAACACAUCCCCACGGCCGCUCCUUCUAUUCAUAGUUCUCGUCGAUCGGCAGAAACACUCAUUCUCGUCGAAAUAAAAGAACAACGUCUCACGAAUACGCUUCAAGGUUUGCUUUGCAUUGUUACCAUGGCUGGUCCAUUUCUCAUUUGUUUCGCGCACAUUUCACGCGCUGUUCUCGCCGGUGUGUUCAUUGGUAUCGGCUGGGGGUCGGUUGAGGGCAAUUCGAUAACAACUCUCGUCCGUCAUCUCGUUCGUGAUCCAAAUCAUAUGGUGCCAAGUGAUCCUCUGCUACAGUUAUCUCGUUUAAAAAUAUUUCAUUAUGUCUGUUGGAUGUUAGCUGGCUUUGCCGUCAUAUUCGGCAUAUCUCAAACAACUACAGCUGUUGGAUUCCCUGUUCUCGUUUUAUUGCUUAUUCCAUUUCGGGUCACUGUUAUGACUCGGUUAUUUACAAGGCAAGAGUUAAACAUUUUAGACUC